CAUGAACUUUUGCAUUGUUGUAGGGAAUACCUAUCAAAAUGGUUGCUGCUGGUGCUGAACAUAGUGUAGCAAUCACUGAAGACGGGAAUUUGUAUGGAUGGGGCUGGGGCCGAUAUGGAAACUUGGGAUUGGGUGACAGAAACGAUCGCUUGCUCCCAGAGAAAGUGACUGUUGAUGGUGACAAGAUAACCAUGGUUGCUUGUGGCUGGAGGCAUACGAUAUGUGUUUCAUCUUCUGGUGGAUUAUACACAAAUGGAUGGGGCAAAUAUGGCCAGCUAGGGCAUGGAGAUUUUGAGGAUCAUCUUGUGCCACGCAAGGUUCAAGCCUUGAGUGAUAAGUUCAUUUCGCAGGUAUCAGGUGGGUGGAGGCAUAGUAUGGUACUCACAUCUAGUGGACAACUUUUGGGCUGGGGUUGGAAUAAGUUCGGACAGAUUGGAGUAGGUAACAAUUUAGAUUAUUGCUCUCCCGUGCAAGUGAACUUUCCCCGUGAUCAGAAAGUACGUCAGAUCUCAUGCGGGUGGAGACACACCAUUGCUAUUACUGAACGUGAUAAUGUAUAUUCAUGGGGAAGAGGAGCAAAUGGACAACUUGGGAAUGGAAUAACCAUAGACCGGAAUGUUCCAACGAUUAUUGAAGCCUUCAGUGUUGAUGGAUCUUCGAGGCAGCACAUAGAAUCCUCAAAACCUUAUCCAUUAUCAGGGAAAUCUUCGUCCUCUAUAUCAGAGAGAUAUGCAAUUGUUCCGGAUGAAACUCCCUCGGGGUCACAACCUACUACUUCAGAAGAGGGAUAUAAUAAGCAUGAUACCAGUGUCCCUGAAAGUGAUGUCAAGCGCAAUAGUUGAUUAUGAGUUCAAGGGAAUGAAUGGUGUAGAGCAACAUGCACAAAGAAGGAGCUGUUGUGUGAGAGUGUUAAUUAUGAAUUAGAUUUGGUGCAUCUAUCACUUUUGUUAUGAUGAAUCGUUAUGUUGGUUGUGUAUUGGCUACUGUAUGAUCUUUUGAUAAUAUGGCAUGGAACAUUAAUUCUCCGCAUGA